AAGCAAAAUUUCCGACUUCAACCACACACUUCCGGUCCGCUCGGUGGUUCCGGUCCCGCCCCUUACUUCCGGUCUCCUUAGGUUCCGCUGCGGCCGGCUUUUUCGUCCGCUGUAGCUGGUUCCGCCGCGCUCCAGGUGUUCUGUUCUGACAGAAAGCUACCGCUUCAUAUGCUUGAAGAAUGGCACUCCCCAUCAUUGUGAAAUGGGGUGGGCAGGAGUACUCGGUGACCACACUCUCAGAAGAUGAUACUGUGCUGGAUCUCAAGCAGUUCCUCAAGACUCUUACAGGAGUGCUCCCAGAGCGCCAGAAGUUACUGGGGCUCAAGGUUAAAGGCAAACCUGCAGAAAAUGAUGUUAAGCUUGGAGCUCUCAAACUGAAACCAAAUACUAAAAUCAUGAUGAUGGGAACUCGUGAGGAGAGCUUGGAAGAUGUCUUAUGUCCUCCCCCUGACAAUGAUGAUGUCAUCAACGACUUUGAAAUUGAAGAUGAAGUAGUUGAAGUAGAAAAUAGGGAAGAAAACUUACUGAAGGUCUCUCGCAGAGUGAAGGAGUACAAAGUGGAAGUGCUGAACCCUCCCAGGGAAGGAAAGAAGCUCCUGGUGUUGGAUGUCGAUUAUACACUGUUUGAUCAUAGGUCUUGUGCAGAGACUGGGGUAGAGUUAAUGAGACCAUAUCUUCAUGAAUUUCUAACAUCUGCAUAUGAAGAUUAUGACAUUGUUAUUUGGUCUGCAACAAAUAUGAAGUGGAUUGAAGCUAAAAUGAAAGAACUGGGAGUGAGCACAAAUGCCAAUUAUAAGAUUACCUUCAUGCUGGACAGCGCUGCUAUGAUAACCGUGCAUACUCCAAGGAGAGGGCUCAUUGAUGUGAAGCCUCUUGGUGUCAUUUGGGGAAAGUUUUCUGAGUUCUACAGCAAAAAAAACACCAUUAUGUUUGAUGACAUAGGAAGAAAUUUUCUAAUGAAUCCACAGAAUGGACUGAAGAUAAGGCCUUUCAUGAAAGCUCAUCUAAACCGGGAUAAAGACAAAGAACUGGUGAAGCUCACUCAGUACCUCAAGGAGAUAGCUAAGCUUGAUGACUUCCUGGAGCUGAAUCACAAGUACUGGGAGAGGUAUCUAUCAAAGAAACAAGGACAGUAGUUACCGGUUGCACUCCCAGUUGGAGAUCCUUGCGAUUUGUGGACGUUGUUUCUUUGCUAGGCAUUACCAUGAUUGUGCUGGACACUGAAGCAGAUGCCAGGCGGCCUAGCUGUGGUCUUCCAAUGCUUUGUAAAUUUAAUUUUGUAUUAUUAUUAUUUUUUUUUGAAGAUCAUAACAAAGUGCUAAAGUUCUCUCUUCCCUCUAUGUUAAUUUACUCUUGAAGAAAAUGUUCUCUGGCAUUGAUUAUUGAGGUGUUUUCCAAACCCUCUAAAAAUGGAAAAAUGAAAAUAUCUACCAGUGUCAUCUUGUGACUUUGGAAAUGAGUUUUGUCUUACGCACUUAUGCUUUUGUCUCCUUGUAUUAUCUAUCAGUUGCCUGAGUCUGAGACCAAAUCCUUCUUCAAAAUAGUUAGUGCUUUCCCCCUUAAAACCAAAAGCAAAACCAAAAAGCCCAAACCAGCUUUUAAGUAAUAACCCGGUUUGUUACGCUAAGAACUCCCAAGAGGUGUUCUUUCUUGUCACAGAGUUCCUCUUCUGCAAUCUACCAGGAAGAUCUGGAAGCUGUAGCUGUUAGAGUUCUUUAAGAAUGAAGGAGAUCUGCAUGAUAAGAUGACAGGGCAACAAGCAGACUGAAAUAACACUACAGGAUAAGAAUAUAUUUCUUUUUGGUGGCUAAGUAGAAACACUUCUGUCUAAAACCAUAGUUACGAGCACAGCUUACCACAGUAGUAAAAAAUCACCUUCACUGACUCCACUCUCAGAAGCAUGGAUAGCAUUUCUGCCUACUCCAGCUGUGUGUGGUUGCUAACUACUAACACCAUUGCGGCAAACAUAUCUAGCCAUAAGAUUAAAAAUACCUGUUACUUGCAAUGCUUACGCCUGCAGAUACGUAAUGUGACUUCUGUUUUGUGUUGACAGUAUUGCUUUAUACAGUUCUUGUAUUGAAGGGAAUUGCUCCUUUUAAAUGAAUGGUGUACAUUGUUCUAUGGGACUAUUUCAGUGAUGUAAAUAAUAAAUAUCUUUUCUUAAAA